AUGAGCUUUCAACUUUCCGAAGUUACCUUGGAAAGCGAAUUUGAUGCCAUCUGGCCGAUUCACUUCAAAGCUUUUCAAGAUCCAUACAACACCUUUUCCAAGUUUUUCAAUCCCAUUCAUACUAGCCUUGACGAGGCUGUCACAUCAUCAAAGGAGCGCCAUGUCCGCAUGUGGAAAGCCAACCCGGCGUGCCAUUGGACCAAAGUGGUCGAAACCAAGUCCGAGAAUGUGGUUGGCGCGACAUGCUGGAUGCUCAACGUAGGAGCGCAUGCACCAAAUCCGAAUGGCACGAAGAAACCCUUCGUUGCAGAUUGGCACAUUGAAGGAUCUGACGAGAGACUCUUUGCUGAGAAACUCAUUGGAGGAUUGCUGGGUUUUGUUGCUGAGAGAGUCGCGAGACCUCAUGUCGUACUUAGCCAGAUGAUGGUUCAUCCAGACUAUCGUCGUCAAGGUGUCGGAACGAUGCUCAUCCAAUGGGGCAUCCGCAAAGCCGAUGAGCUGGGUGUGGAAACUGUUGUUGAAGCCGUUCCCUAUGCGGCUCCAGUAUAUGAAAAGACCGGCUUUGGGCGAGUGGAACAAAUUGACAUUGAUUUCACAAUCGAUAACCCCAGCGAUACCUGGAAGAAGUACCAAAGCAAGACUUGCCCUGCCCACAUGUCAUAUCUCCACUAUUUUAAUCCAUUGCAACUUUCGACCCUGAAAGCCUGCGCCAUGGUGGACCCUACAGCUGAAGCGGGAAGUAACCGCUCCGGAUACAUCCUCCACAGCAAUGACGAGAUUACGCGUUUGACUUUGCAACACCAAAUUGUGAAAGAUGCCCUGAACAACCGAUUGGUCUUAGCAUCAAUCAAUUUCUCUUCAGGUCCUCGCACGAUCCUUAACAGUUGCACCGCCGAUGGCGUCUGGCUCCGCGACCUCCAAGCAUCGAUUGGACCGCAACACACCUUUAUCGGAACCGACGUUGAAGCGUCCUACUUCCCUACCAACCCACCAUCCAACACCAGCUACCACGCGCAGGACGCAACCAAACCUUGGCCCAAAGACUGGUCCGGAAAGUUUGACCUCGUCCACCAGCGCUUUGCUAUCGCAGUCGAAGGCUCCGAAUCCGAUACCAGGCUACUAGUUCAACGCCUUAUUGACAUGGUAAAGCCCGGGGGCUGGAUCCAGUUGGUCGACCUGCAGGAGUGGAUAUCAGAUACAGAUGGACCCGCGUGGCAGGACUACUGCAUCUGUCUUCGCGACAUGAUCAAUGCGAAGGGCUGGUUCGAAGAGCUAGGUCUUGUCGAUGUCCACGAGGAAAUCAUCGAAGUCAACUUCGGCACAAGAGAUGACAAGAAUCUGGAAGCGAUUGGAAAGAGAUCUGCUCUCUUAACGAAGCGUCAAGUGUUGGCGGCGGUGAAAACGUUACCGCCGGAGAAUAUAACGGUUCCGAAGGAGCGUGUGUCAACACUCAUGGAGGCUAUCGAAGAAGAGUUUAGUAAAGAUCCGGUGAAUGCGCACACCCACUACAAGGUCGUCUGGGCCAGAAAGCCCGAAUAA